UUCAGACAAUUACAAAUAUAUUUCGGACUUAAUCUUACUUGAUAAGAAUGUGUGAUAUACUUAAACAUAAUGAGGUUUAUAUCGUCGAUAACAGUCCUGAGUACCAGGAUUCAUUGGAUAUCAAGAUUGAUAUCUACUCUGAUGACGAAUACGAGCAGCAUCUUAGGUCUAAAGACACUCAUUGAUCUUCAAAAGAGGUUUCAACAAAACCUGUUAUCUCAGUUAGUCAACCUGUCGAAAAGCAGGCUCCAACUUCCCUGGAACAAAGAGUCAAUGAUCGUGUCAGGAAUGCCUACAGCAGACUCCUCCAAAGAGAAAGAAUCGGCAAUCCCUUAAGGAGUGAGCAAUUCAUCUCUUCAAAAGAAGAGGUUCUGGAGUUUAUGAAAGUUCUCUCAAACGGGGCAAAAUGUACAAAUGUCGUGCAACCAAAGAGAAAGAGAGGAAGACCAAGAAAGUACCCUCUGAAGGAAAAGCCUGCUCCUAAGAGAAGAGGAAGGAAGCCUUCAAAACCAAAGUUUUAAAUAAUUUCGAAUCAGGCGAGUAUACAAACAUUCUCGAAAAUUAGUUUGAGAUACUAAUUCAGCCCAACACAUUUUAUCGUUUAAAAUUUUGGUGUUUUGCCAAUAUUUCGAACACAUAAAUUUGUGGGCUGGAUAUUCUACAGUAUCGACUCUAACGAAGCAACGGGAGUACCAAAGCCUGUUAACAUAAUUUCUUAAUAAUUCUUA